UGAAAAAUUCUUUGUUGUGAUCAAAGCAAUGGAAGUGAUUUAAAAGGGUAAUGCCUUUCGUUUUCAAUGCCUUUCCCAGGUAUUCAAUGCUAUAGAAUACCAUGUCACUGCAUUCCCUAAAGUCAUCUCCUAGAGCAUCCGUGGUUUGUAAUCCACCUUGUGGGAAAUACCGUUUCAACCCUCACAAGCAGUCCUGCGUGGUGGGAAUUAGGCCCACAUUGAGAAAUGAGGACUCUGAGAUUGACAGCUCAAGGCUCCUGCUCAGGGCCAUGCAGAGAAUUAGCAGAAAGGUCAACAUUCAAACCCAGGCCUGUCCGCCUCCAAACUCACUGGUUUUUCCACCUGAAAAAUCUCUCUGAGCCAUGCUUCCAUUGGGGCAUCUCUUCAGUUGAUCAACAUUCAUCUGUUGAGUCUCAGUACAGUACAGAAUGUGUACAGACACUGGGGAAGCUGAGGUGAACAGCCCAGAGCAGCUACCUUCCAGGUGUUCACAGAACAGUGACACUUUGUGUCUCCUGUGGCAUGAAGUACAUAAACUCUAAAGAAUUGAGGGUUUUGUGGAUGUUUGUGGAGCCAGCAGAAGUCCUGGGGCCAUGGCAGGUGAAAUUCGCACAGGACACCUUCUGGGGGAAAUGAGACAGGAGCUGAGGGCAGAGCGGAAGCCAGGGGCCAGUGUGGGGAAAUGAGAACCCCAGAUGCAUGACCUCCAGGGUCCAGUCUCAGCGGCAGCCCCCUGGGGAGGCCCCUCGGGAUGGGGGCUCAGUUUCCACGGACAGAUGGUUCUCUUGCAGGACUGUGCGCUGGCCAAGGAAGCAGAGGGACUGAUGAGCCCCUUCCCAAACCCACCCUCAGGGCCUGGCCCAGCUGGGUGGUGCCUCCCAGAAGCAGUGUAAGGCUGCGAUGUCAAACCCCGACCAAGAAUGUCAACUUUGCUCUCAGGAAGGGAAACACUCUUUUGGAUUUUUCACGAUCACCGACUUCCAAGAAGGGCCUGGCUGAAUUUCACUUCACUGGCCUAAGAAGCAGCCACGCUGGAGACUACAGCUGUGAGUGCUACAGACCAGGGGCCCCGGACAUAAGAUCACCGCCCAGUGAAGUCAUCCUGCUGCUGGUGACAGGAGGUCUCCCUAAACCUUCCCUGCAAGCCCACCAAAGGGGUGUGGUGACCGCAGGAGACGACGUAACUCUGCAGUGCCAGAGGCCAGACAAUGUUUUCGGGCCCAUGAGGUUCGCCCUGCUGAAGGCAGGAGUGGCAGAGCCCAUCCGGCUCCGGACCCCAGCCGGCAAGGAGGCAGACUUCUCCCUGCAGACUGUGACAGUCGGUGACGCCGGGAACUACAGCUGUGUCUACUUCCAGACCAGGACUCCUUUCUGGGCCUCACAGCCUAGCGAUCGUCUCGAGAUCCGGGUGACAGUCCCCCCAGGUGCCAUAUCAAGGAACUACACCACGGGCAACCUCAUCCGCCUGGGUCUGGCUGCCCUAGUUGUGGUUAUUAUGGGCGCUCUCCUGCUGGAAGCCUGGUGCGGCCAGAAGGAGUCUCCACCUGGAUCCAUGUAGAACUGAGCACUUGUCUUGUUCACGGGCUGUAUAGUGACGCGGGGUUCUCUGAACACCAAACUCCACCAUGGGGACAUGCUGUGUUUCUCACCAUGGGCACAAUUGAUACUUUGGGUGGGGUAUUUCUUCAGCACGUGGGACUGUCCUGUUCCUUGUGGGAACAUUCAGCACCAUUUCUUUUUCUCAUUAAACAGCAGCUGAAGCCCCAGUCAUUGUGGGACAAGAUAAUGAGUGCUAUCAGGACCUUUCCCAACAUUCCUAGAUAUGGAGGAUGGGUGGUGGGGUGGUGUUCCCUCGGUGGAGAACCUGUGUUAGGAGGCCAGGAGAAAUAUUUCCUCUCUUCCUUACUCCCUGUCCUCAGGUCUGUCCUUGCAUGCAUUGGCUCCACAGUUACCAUGGGGAAUGAGGAGUCCUUGAUCAAGUUACCAGCUUGUGUGAGAUUUUACUGGUUCUCUUCCCUCCUGGGACAGAAGGCACACCAUGGGGGGACGUCUGGGAAGUUUGCAGAUGAGAUGAGAUCUCACUCAUCUCCUGACAAUAUCAAAGACACAAAGUGGCCCCUAUGUCUCCUAAGAGUGACACCUGGGAUAUAGUGACCAGGAACUGUCCCCAAUAUUAAAGGCUUCUUGGUGCUUAGGAUGAGAUAAAUUUAGAAUCAUUUGGUUGUAAUUUUUUUUAUGUCAAAAUCAAAAUUAAUAAAAUGUAUGGCACCAGCUGUCUUUCACUAGUACUAGGAUAUGGAAAAGGUAGACUUUAACCAAAAAAAUUCUACAAUUAGUUAACUGUGAUACAGCAUUCAGCAACGUUCUAGUA